CUUAUCCGUUCGAUGAAAUGCGUGGCCCGGUCCCAGCUUCCUUUCUCUAUAAAUAUCUAAAAGCACUCGUGAAAUUUUAAUUGAACCGCAGAGGGUGAUGGGUUCAGAGACGAAGAUGGUGGAUUUGUUGAAGGCCGAGAUACCCUUCGAGCAAGAGGAAAACCUUCUCCUUUUGCCCGAGGUGGAGUCCGGAAAGGCUGUUGGUCUCGUUCUUGUCGACAUCCUCAAUGGCUUCUGUACCGUUGGAGCUGGCAAUCUGGCACCAACCGAGCCCAACAGACAGAUAUCGGCGAUGGUAGAGGCGGCGGCGAGGCUGUCGAAGGUUUUCUGUGAAAGGAAAUGGCCUGUCUUUGUUCUUCUUGAUUCCCACCAUCCCAACAAGCCUGAACCUCCUUACCCACCUCACUGCCUAAUUGGAUCAGGUGAAGAAGAUUUGGUCCCAGCACUGAAAUGGUUGGAGACAGACCCAAGUGUGACAAUCAAACGCAAAGAUUGCUUCGAUGGGUUCAUUGGUUCAAUGGAGAUGGAUGGCACUAAUGCUUUUGUAGAGUGGGUGAAGACUAAUGAAAUCAAGAUUGUUUUGGUGGUAGGAAUAUGCACAGAUAUCUGUGUUUUAGACUUUGUGUGCUCCACGUUAUCUGCUAGAAAUAUUGGCCUUGUACCACCACUGGAAGAUGUUGUGGUUUAUUCAGGUGGAUGUGCUACCUUCGACUUCCCCAUUGAUGUUGCUAGAAAUGUCAAAGGAACCUUAGCUCAUCCACAGGAAUUGAUGCAUCAUGUAGGACUUUACAUGGCAAAGGGAAGAGGAGCCAGAAUAGUGCAGAAAGUAUCUCUUGGCUCCUCAGAGGAACUGAGAUCCGGCCAUAUUCAGCAUAUUUAAAAGGAACCAAGGAAUAUGAGACUAGUGAAAAACUUAUCAUGCUAAUGUUCUUGGAUGGUUUCGUACAUGCAAUUGCGAAAUAGGCUCUCCUUAAUGUAUAAAGUGAAAAUUAUGGUAUCCACCAAUGAUCGCAUUAUAUGGACUAGUCCAUGUUCUUCUAGUGUUUGGGAUGGUUUCCUCCAAUGUCUAUGUAAUUCCGUUCUUAUAGUUCCAAAGCUGCAUGGCAAUCCUCUAGAUGUUUAGUAAUAUAAGCAUUCGGUUUCAAAUUGU